AGCCCACAAGACAAUGGCCCAUCCUCGGAAUCUGUUGCAUUCAAUACGCCUUCCCAGAGCCAAGAAUUGUUAAUGCAGUCCAGUCCCCCUCACUCCAGCCCAGAUCCAUCAUCCAUCGCAUCCAUCCACCGACCAUCACCACUGCUUGCCUUGCCUCCAACAGUGGAACACCUCUUGCUCUUCAGCAUCGACUACUAGCCUCCGGCAGCGUCUCACUUUGCUUUGGAUGCUUGUGGUUUGAAGAAACACGGCUGGUUUGAAGGCGGCUGUAACCGUAAAGGCAGAGGAGGAGGUUUUCGAAUUCGCGAAUCUUUUCCUGGGCUCCCGCAAGCCUACAAACCCCCUGCUUGUCCUCUUGCUCCCGCCGCCGCUGGAUAGAGAGAGAGAGAGAGAGAGAGAGAGAGAGAGAGAGAGAGAGAGAGAGGGCCGCCGUAGGGAGGAGAUAAGAAUAAGCAGAAAGGCGAAGAAGCACAAGGGAAGAAAAAGGGGAAUAGAAAGGCGAGGCCUUUUCCUGAUUGCUCCUCGCACAGCUUUCCCCUCGGCUCAAAAUCUCUCUGGAUUCCCUGGAAAGUUCCUGCUUUUUUUCGAGACCAGCGGCCUGAGCUUCUGAAUUCAGGGCGCAUCCUUGACACAAGCUCUCGCGAUUCUUUAGAGUGAAGCUCCCAUCCCAUCAGCCGUUGUUCCUCGGCGUUCCUCUGCUUGUCUCUGUCGUGACAAUUGUGGGGUAAUAAAAGAGGAAACGGUAAAGGUCUGAAACUUGAUUCCCCAAGAUUUGCCUCUGAAUCUUCCCAAGGGCCACACAAAUCUGAAUCUCGCCCAUGGAGACCCUUACUGCAUGACACUUCAUCCGAGUCUAGCGUGAGACACUAGAAGCAGCAAAGGAGUCUGGUCGGAGUUGGGCGUUCGCGUGACGUUGCUGAUCCAAUGGGGGAGACGAACCAGCCGCCGCCGCCUCAGGUGGCCGCGCCGCCGCCCAUGAUGCCCAUGAUGGCGCCGGCCGUCGGCGCCGGCGCCAUCCACCCGCCCCAUGAGCAGUUCCACCAUCUCGCCUACUGCGUCCACUCCAAUCCGUCUUGGGUUCAGGUGGCAGCACUGGCAUUCCUUCACUAUCUUGUGAUGUUGGGCUCAACUGUUAUGCUUGCAUCAAUUAUUGUUCCUGCAAUGGGUGGUAAUCCUGGGGAUAAGGCUCGAGUUAUUCAAUCAUUCCUAUUUAUGAGUGGCAUAAAUACAUUGCUGCAAACACUUAUUGGAACGAGACUUCCAACAAUUAUGAAUGCCUCCUUUGCAUUUGUUGUCCCCGUGCUGUCAAUAGCCAGAGACAUGGAUCCAAAUAACUUCACAAAUAAUCACCAGAGAUUUCUCCAUACAAUGAGAACUACGCAAGGAGCUCUGAUUGUUGCUUCCAUCCUCAACAUGAUUCUUGGGUUCAGCACAAUAUGGGGGGCAUAUGCUAAGAAAUUCAGUCCUGUAAUAAUGACCCCUGUUGUUUGUGUCGUUGGUCUUGGACUAUUCGAACUUGGUUUUCCCCAGGUUGGUAAAUGUGUGGAAAUUGGGUUGCCAAUGCUCAUUCUUGCGGUGAUCGUGCAGCAGUAUGUGCCACAUUACUUCAGUCAUAUCCAUGAGCGGAUCACCUACUUGUUUGAGAGGUAUUCGUUGCUUCUUUGUAUUGGCAUUGUGUGGGCCUUUGCAGCUAUCCUUACUGCUGCGGGUGCAUACAAUCAUGUUUCACCUAAGACGCAGCAGCACUGCCGCACUGAUAGGUCUUUCCUGAUGUCAUCUGCACCAUGGAUUAAAAUUCCAUACCCUUUCCAAUGGGGUACGCCAAUCUUCACUGCUGGUCAUUCAUUUGGGAUGAUGGGUGCUGUACUUGUUGGAGCCUUUGAGUCAACUGGAGCACACUUUGCAACUGCACGUCUGGCGGGUGCUACACCACCUCCAGGUCAUGUCCUUAGUCGAAGUGUUGGCUUGCAGGGUAUUGGGAUGUUCCUGGAGGGGAUCUUCGGUGCUCCAGCAGGUUCAUCUGUAUCAGUUGAAAACAUUGGUCUCCUUGGGCUGACCAAAGUCGGAAGUAGGAGAGUGAUCCAGAUAUCAACCGGAUUUAUGAUAUUUUUCUCCAUAUUUGGGAAGUUUGGGGCCUUCUUUGCAUCAAUUCCACUGCCAAUCUUCGCAGCAAUUUACUGCAUCUUGUUUGGCAUCGUAGCUGCUGUGGGAGUCUCAUUCAUGCAGUUUGCCAACAAGAACUCGAUGAGGAACAUCUACAUCAUUGGACUCUCGUUGUUCCUUGGUAUUUCAGUCCCUCAAUACUUUAAUGAAUAUACUUCUUCUGCUGGCCGUGGACCUGCCCGAACAAAUGCUGGAUGGUUCAAUGACAUUAUAAACACCGUGUUUGCUUCUGGCCCAACAGUGGCGCUGAUUGUCUCCUCUGUUCUGGAUAACACAUUGGAGGCCAGGGGCUACGACUCUGACCGAGGGCUUUCAUGGUUCACGCCGUUCCUGCGCCGCCACAAAGGUUACUCGGACCCGAGAAACGAUGAGUUCUACAGUUUCCCAAUCAGGGUUCACGACUUCGUCCCGAGUCGGUUCCUCUGACUUUCUCAUGAGCGCUGUUACUGCGCAUGUAAAUCUCUUUGUUCUUGGUAGUCUUACUCCUGUGACCUGUAGUGAUUGGUUCUCUACAUUCUAGUGGGAUAUGGGUACAAGAAUGUUUAGGAAAUUUGCUUUAUUUACCCCUUCUGCGCUAAGAAAUGGUAACAUGACAAUGUAGGGCUGCGUGCCCAGGCGUAUGGUUUUGGGAAGGAUUACAGAAGAAUAGCACCUUACUUGUUGAUGACUUCCAGUUAAAUGCAUUGGUUUAGUUUUACUCAAA